CAUGGUUCCUAGGAAAUAGAUCGAGACACGAGAAACAAGAUGGCGACGAUCUUCGUACGAAGGCGACCUGACUCUGUCAUGGAGUGGUGCUGUGAGGAUGUCAAUGAUUGGUUGAGUCAGCUGGGACUCGAAAAAUACUGUAAAAGGUUUCAAAAUCUGUAUGUGACGGGACCAGUUUUGCUGGAGAUGGAUGAACAGCUUCUAGAUGACUUGAAAAUAACUAGUGCCAAAGACCGAGUGCUUCUUUUGGCCGAGUGUAGCUUUCUUUGUCGCAAGGAACUGGCACUAGUAACGGCAGGUGAUGACGUCACUCCCUUACAUCCUGACAUCCCGACGAUUCAGGUCACCUUCGCAGACGACGCAAAUGAUGAGGUUGAUGGGAUGUUUACAGAGCGGUGUUUCGAGAGCGUGUCUUUGCCAGUCGAUAAUUCAGACGAAUAUGACUACGAAGACGCCCAAGAUGGCGAUGAGAGCGAGCCUGAGAGAGCAGACGAAGUAGCAAGCAGAGCGACCCUAAUGGUGACCAUGUUAUCAGAAGAAAACGCAAAACUCAGAAAACAACUUGACGAUACAAAGCGGGAGUUGGCACAACAGCUGAACCAAAUACAAGCGUUAAAACAAUCACAAAAUACCCACAAAGAGCCCAGCCAAUCAGAGAGCACGACACAACAGCUAGACCAAUCAGAGAAAUUCGGUAAUCAAGUCGAAGAAAUUCAUAAUUUGACAAAGCAACUCAAACAAGCAAAACUCGAGUUAGAUCAGGCAAACAAGAUUAAAGACGACUAUGAGAAACUGAAUUCAAAGACAAAAAGUCUCGAAGACAAAAUUAUAUAUCUAGACGAAACAAAAAGGCAACUUACCAAAGAGAAAGACGAAUUGAAAUCCAGAGUAGAUCAUCUUGAAGACAGCAUUAGUGAUUUAGAGACAGAAAAAGCGAAAUUAUUCACAGAGAACGAGGAGCUGAGACUAGCAAAUCUCGAAAUCCAAGAUGUGUACCGGGAGAGGGGAAAACUAGAGGCAGAGAUCAAGACUGCGAUGGAGGCAGAGAUCAGACAGCUCAGCAAGGAGAACAAGACGCUACGAGGAAAACUUUCAAAGAAUACUGAAAAUGGGCAAAACGGCAUGAGAGACCAUCCAUACGUGAAUACUUUAGCUAAACGCGAUUCGCAGUCAAGCGGUAGUACAAGCUCAGAGCUAUCAGACACGUCGAGUAGAACACCAAGCACUGAAAGUACGUCGAACAGCAACAAUCUCACUCUUAUAGACGAGAUCUACAGAGCGAACAAGCGGUGCGCAGAACUGGAAAAUACAAUCCGUCUUAUGCAAGCGGAAUUAUUCAUGUCUGAGAGAAACGUAAAUGACCGGCUUCUGACCGAAGGGGGAGGGACUGAAGACGGUCCUUGUGCCCCCGAGUGGCCGUCCUAUUGUUUCUUCCGUGAAGGAGACGCAAGAGACAAAGAUCUGAGUCAAGAUUAUCUCGAGAUCGUUCCUUCUAAUGGCUUACCCACAGACAGUGAUGAGGAUAUAUGGUCAGGAAAUAAACCGCGGCGGCGGAAAAAUACCACGUUAGAAGAACACGGAAAUGUAAUGCUGCACUUUUGGGACGUUUAAUACGCGAGACGAGUGUCGGUGUCGGAUAUGAUGACUCUUAGAAGAAAUAGAUUAAGAAAAUAAAAUAUUAUUAAAAUAAAGCUAUGUUUUACAGAG